CAAAACAAUCCGACCCGAACCGCUUCCUCAAACUGAAAACACCGGCCGUGCGCUUUUGGAGAUCAAAUCCCUACCCUUACCAGUUUGGUUGUUUCAUUUUUGUCCGCUAAGGUUGAACUAGGGUUUUUCACUGCUAGCUCGUUGUUUCCCCUCAAAUAUAAAGGGUUUUGUCUCUCUCCCUCAGCAUAUAGAAUAUAGUGUGGUGUCUUUGUAAUUUGUUUAUAUUAAUUAUUUUUGAAGAUGUCGUCGAGGCCUGAAUUAGAAGCACCUCCUGAGAUAUUAUACAACGAUUCGGAAGCUCGCAAAUACACCUCCUCUUCUCGUAUUAUCGAAAUUCAGGCAAAACUUUCGGAGAGAGCACUGGAGCUUCUUGCCUUGCCUGAUGACAGCGUCCCAAGAUUACUUCUUGACAUUGGUUGUGGAUCUGGACUCGGUGGGGAGACAAUAUCUGAAAAUGGGCACCAAUGGAUUGGUUUAGAUAUAUCACAGUCGAUGCUUGAUGUUGCUUUGGAGCGUGAGGUUGAGGGCGAUCUUAUACUUGGUGAUAUGGGUCAGGGUUUAGGACUUCGUCCUGGAGUUAUUGACGGUGCGAUAAGUAUCUCAGCUAUUCAGUGGUUAUGCAAUGCUGAUAAGUCCUCUCAUGAGCCUCGAUUAAGAUUGAAGGCUUUCUUUGGAUCACUCUAUAGAUGUCUAUCAAGGGGAGCAAGAGCAGUGUUUCAAGUAUAUCCCGAAAACCUUGCUCAGCGUGAGUUGAUCCUGAGCUUUGCUAUGCGUGCUGGCUUUGCUGGUGGCGUGGUGGUUGACUUCCCACACAGUACUAAGAAAAGAAAAGAAUACCUUGUACUCACCUGUGGUCUGCCAUCCUUGAGCACAGCUACUCCAAAAGGCAAAGGCGAAGAUGAAGAGAGUUGUUCUGAUGACGAGAGUAGUGGAGAUGAAGAAAAUGAGACAGUUUGUAAAUCAGACAGGAAUAGACCAAGGAAAAGGCAAAAGAUAGGCAAGAAAUUUAAGGGAAGAGAUUGGGUGCUGAAGAAGAAGGAACAGAUGAGGAAAAAGGGAAAUGCCGUGCCUCGAGAUACAAAGUACACGGCACGGAAACGAAAGGCUCGAUUUUGAUUAGGAUAUUGUUAUCCUAAUGUUGAUUUGUAUUCUGGGGCUUUAAUCUUUAUAUGGCUUAUUUUUAUUUUUUGUGUUUUUUUCCUGGUGAUCUUGCAUGAUUAAUAUACCCCUUCAAAAGAGAGUUGGUUUGGUGGAUGUCCAGGAUCAUUUGUCAUAGUAAGUGCACCUGGACAAGAAAUUUGGCACUAACCGAGAUAGCAAGCAAUUGUUGAGUUAGGUGAGAUGUUAACUGCGGAUUUUGGGGAAUGUUAAAAUUUUGUUUAUAUUUAUUUGGAUUGCAUGAAAUUGUUAGCA